AGGCAAUCCUGGAGAAGGAAAACUCAAUGAAAAGAUUCAAGCUUAGGUCUAGAAACUCAAAGUGAAAAGAUUGAAUUUAAAUUACAUUGGCAUAGGCAAGCAACAAUGAACAGAAGGGGGAGAGCUAUUGUGAGCAGACAGAUAAUGAGCAGAAGUCUCAACAGUGGCUUCAUCAGUGUUGGCAAGCGGAGAGACACUACAAAUUCAUUCUGAAAUUGAUGAAAUUCCUGGGAAAAAGCUUGCAUUUGAAAUACACGGUUUUUAAACUUUGAAAUACAUGGAAUUAAAUACAUGUAUUUUACUCAAAUUCAAUUUACUCCCUGUUUAAAGUACUAGUUGAAUGACCCCAUGUUGCAGGGUGUGGUGUUGGGCCCAAUUCUUUCAAGUUUGCUGCAAACUAAUGUAUCUGAAUAACAAAUUUUAAUAAUAUAGGAGACUCCAG